ACGGCAACCCCUAUAAAUUCACUCGCCAUGCCUCAAUGCUCUGCAGCAUCAAGCAGCUAGGCAGCCAGCCAUACCGCGUGUCUCUCUUCUCACCCCUCUCUCACCCCCUGUUUCUUUCUCGUAGACCACAUAGUGACAUUGAGAUUGGCAUCCAGCUAGAAGGCCAUCCUACACUCUACAGCAUUGCCAUGGACGCCACGAAGACAGCGGCUAAGGCUGUGGCGGCAGGCAACGCCGACGCAGAUGCCGGUCCGUCGACACGGCGGACAGCGGCGCCGAAGCCGGUGUCUCUGCCGGAGGAGCCGCUGCCAGGAUACGCCGCGGCUGCGGCCGACUCGGCGCCGCCGACGGCAACGAGGAGCGCUAAUAUCGCCGAGAGCGGCGUGGAGGACGAGCAGGUGGAGAGGUUCUACGCGCUGCUGGCCAACAUCCGGGCCAUGAGGGGCAUGAACGGGAACGGGAGCGACGACGCCAGCGCGAGCACGGAGGGUGCCAGCGAGGUCUGCGGCGGCGGGAGGAAGCGCGCACGCUGGGCAGAGCCGCCCUGGAGGCCGGCGUUCAGGAUGGAGGACUUCGAGGACGCCAGCGCGUCCAAGAAGGACAGGAGGGACGACGACGCCGCCAGCCUUCGGCGGCCGGGCAAGGAGACGAAGGACGACGCGGCGGAUGGCGGGAAGGACGACGACGUGGCGCGGAGUGGCCGUGGAGUCGCCACGCCGUCGCCAGAGAGUGAAGUUUGACUCUCUGUCUGCCGAUACCUGCCUGCGCGCGAAACACGUGAAGUCAUGUGUUCUCCGUGGGCGCGUCGGUGGGUCACGGAGGGUACACUUUAAGCGUUUUACCUGCUGUUGAAAAUAAUUUAUAAAUGGUUAAGCACACGGGUGGUACAUGGACGCAUGUGCGUUUCUUCCCGGAAUAAAACUUGCCCUGAGUCACCAGCAAAGCGAAAUCUUUGUACUGCACGCACAAAAGAUGUAUGCAGGAAUCCGAUGGCGGUGAAGGGUUCUGCCGCUACAUGCGGCAUGUGUUACUCUUAUAUGCUGUCGUCCUUGACUGGAUCAGAGUGUAAU